GCGCAAGAAUCAACCGCGACCACCCAAAACGUGCUGUACAUCUGCGGCCUGCUAGCUCCUCGGCUCGCAGCUAUGUGGUCACGUGGCGCCGGUCACAUGACCCGCGAGAGCGAGAGAGGAAGUGAGGAAGAGAGCAUUCUGGCCCGGCUGCUGUUUCGGCGCCGCUGUGAGUGAACUGUGCACUGUUAUUGGUACAGUGAACACACUCUCUGAGCUUUAGAGGUAUUAUUGUCCUAUUUAUUGUUCAUUCAAACGGAUAACCACAUGGCUGCGACGAAACCGGAGAACCCCUCAGAACGAGGCGGUCUGUCCAGCUCGGGGACUCGCUACGGCUCCAUGGACGGCAGCGGGGAGCACGACAAUCAUGACUGCAACCACCGGCUUCCCACGCCGACGGCAGGCCAUUGGGUCGGGGCCGAUCAGGAAGAGGAGGCCAUUCGCAGGAAGUUGAAGUACUUCUUCAUGAGCCCCUGUGAUAAAUAUGACGCCAAGGGGCGCAAGCCUUACAAGCUGAUCCUGCAGCUGCUCAAGAUCAUUAUUGUCACGGCUCAGUUGGUGCUGUUUGGCCUCAGUAACCAGGUGGUGGUGACCUUCAAGGAGGAGAACACUAUGACCUUCAAGAACCUCUUCCUCAAAGACUACGAUGAGUCCUCAGACGGCUCCUUGGCUGUUUACACGCGGAGCGACGUCUACGACCACAUGUUCUACGCCGUGGAGCAGUACCUGGCCUUAGCAGAGACCACAGUGGGACGCUAUGCGUACGUUUACGGGGAGAACGGCAGUGCGCUCUCCCUCUGCCAACAGUACUACAAGAAGGGAAGCAUCGAUCCGGCCAAUGACACCUUCAUCAUAGACCCGCGCGUCAUGACGGAGUGCGUUGGUGUGGACCCGCUGGCGGUCCCUCAAGCUCGGCUCACCAGCAACUACAGGAACUUCACACUCAAAUUCCACAAGCUCAUUAAUGUUACCAUAGAGUUCAAAUUGAAGGCGAUCAAUAUACAGACUAUAAUCUACAAUGAGAUCCCAGACUGCUACACUUUCCACAUAAAGAUGGUCCUGGACAACAAGGCUCACAGCGGCAAGGUGAAGAUCCGGUUGGAGAACCAGGCAACAAUAAAGGAGUGUAAAGACCCGAGCGUCUCUGGACACGCUGACAACUACACGCGUGUGGCGUUCGACGUCGCCGUGGCCCUGGUGUGCAUGCUGUCCCUGCUGCUGUGUGGACGCUCCAUACUGCGAGGCAUCACGCUGCAACGGGAGUACGUGCAGUUCUUCAGGGACACCUUGGGUCGCAAAGUGUGCUUUGCGGACCGGAUGGAGUUCAUCAACGGAUGGUACAUCCUCCUCAUCAUCAGCGACAUCUUCACCAUCACCGGCAGCAUCAUCAAAAUCGGCAUUGAGUCCAAGAAUAUGUCCUCAUAUGACGUGUGCGGCAUCCUGUUGGGGACCUCCACGCUCUUGGUGUGGGUCGGAGUGAUUCGCUACCUCACAUUCUUCCAGAAGUACAAUAUCCUGAUCGUGACGCUUCGAGCAGCGUUCCCCAACGUGAUUCGGUUCUGCUGCUGCGUGGCCGUCAUCUAUCUCGGCUACUGCUUCUGCGGCUGGAUCGUCUUAGGGCCGUACCACGUCAAGUUCCGUUCUCUGUCCAUGGUGUCCGAGUGCCUCUUCUCCCUCAUCAACGGGGACGACAUGUUUGUGACGUUCGCGGAGAUGCAGGAGAGCAGCACUCUGGUGUGGCUGUUCAGCCAAGUGUACCUGUACACCUUCAUCUCCCUCUUCAUCUACAUGGUGCUGUCGCUGUUUAUCGCGCUCAUCACCGGAGCUUACGAGACCAUCAAGCACCAAACACAAGAAGCCAUGCACAUCACAGACCUGCAUGCCUUCAUAGCGGAGUGUACGGACGCACCCACCUCUGGGAUGUACAGAGUUCUGGAGACCUCGCCAUGCUCCUUCUUCUGCUGCUGUGACAGAACAACGACAUACGAGGACGUCCUGCUGGUGAACUGAAGUUGACCUCGGUGACCUCAGAAGCCUCACCACCGCCCCCUGCUGACCACAGGGGUACACUGCACACUCCUGCCGCCCAUAGUUUCCGUACCAACCUGCUGUAUUUCUGGUCAAAACUCAGUCACCAUCUGCUGGACCAGCAUGCUGUAGAAGGGAUGUGUAACAACCAUCUCCUGAUUGGACCUUUCCUGUCCAUGAGGAAGACGAGAUGGGACAGGACGGGGAAGCAUCGCGGACGAAUAAUGAACAGGCACUUCUCUGUUCCCUUUUCGUUUUUAAAUGAAAAACAGUCUCUUUUCUAAUGUAUUUAAUGCACGUUGCUGGAGCGGGAGCCUAUUGUCAAGAUACUUUGUGGGCCUAUUAUGGGCCAUGAUGGGCCUGUUUUAUUUUAUUUUUGUGUUUAAAAAAAAAAUUGUAGUAUUUAAAAUUAGGUUACCUCUCGAGGACCAGGCAUUCAAAACAACUUUGGAGUGAUAAGGAACCCACAGCCGGAGAUGUCAAUUUGCACAAAAUUGAGGGGAGAAGCCAGCUGGUCGUAGUCUGUCUUUUUUGAGACAAUCAAGAUGACUUCCUUUCAAAAAAUGUCGCCGCACGUGACCACCUGCAGACGUGCGGUUUCAGGCGUUUCAUUUCAUUUUGUUUUCCUUUCCCGUGAGCCUUCAGUAUAAAGUUACCUUUAGCUGCGGUUGUACUGCCCAAGCAUCAUGUUGCCUUCAAAUGGCAAUCCUCGUGAACUACUGUAGCAGCAGAGUGUAUGUGAUGACUUUUGCAUUUAUCUGAGUAACGAUCAAUAUAAUGUCGCUAAUGAAGCACUCGACCUUGCCUGUGGUUACCUCCCCUCCAGACUUGUACACAUGUCUCUUUAAUGGUGGUAAAGAAGAAGAAGAGAGGCAGAGCGCCGAUUCAGUCCUCAAACCGUAUCUGACAUGUUCUGAAAAGAAGCAUGACUUGAAUCCCCCUGACAGAGUGGAGCAGGGUUUAGGCAGAGACAUGUUCGCAUCUCCGUAAUAAUGUCCUGUCGCACUGAAUCAUGCUUUUUAGUCUGUCUGUUAUAUUUGAUGUCUCUAUCCCAGUGGCUCGGUCUUCAGGACAUGCUUGAAUCUCUGUGUUUCUUUGUAACGCACAAAACGCACUAUAUCAAAAAGGAGUCUCACAGAAAACAGUUGCUUAUAUGAAGGAGAGAUGAUCUCUGGCCUGAGCGUUAACACGUUCAUAGAUGUAGGAUGAUAUCGAAUAAACCAGCAGUUUCCACGUUGAAGCUCAGAUAUGCUGUUGGGUUUUGAAUCUAGAUUACAGACAUGUGCCACACACAUCAACGGCCUUAACUUUGACUUAUAUGUCAUGCACGUUGAUAAUAUCUCGAAUUACCGAGAUGCACCUUUCCUAUAGUUAGAUGUUUUUGUUUUUAAUGAUCUGCAUUUGAUAAAAUGGAUGCAAAGUUGUCCUGAAGUCAUCUACUCGAUGUCAUGUAUCGCCAAUCUACUGGUUCAAGUUUCCCGGAUCAUCUUUGAUAUUAAAAUGUAAAUUUGUUUCA